AUUAAUUUUGAGGUAAAAUGGCGUCGGGUGCCAUUUCAACGGAUUCCAAAAAGAUAUCAGAAUUAAGAGUUGUUGAUCUUAAAUCUGAACUAAAACGGAGGAAUUUGGACUCUAAUGGCGUAAAGAGCGUUCUUCUUUCAAGACUUAAACAGGCCAUUGAGGACGAAGGUGGCGACCCUGAGAACAUUCAGAUCCAGCUUUCAACAGAUGUACCAACCAGGAAAAGUGGAAAAGUUAAAGGGAAAAGAGUGGAUUCAGAUCAGGACACCACCGUGGAAGAAGAUAUUUUUUCCAAGGAAACAGAAGAGUAUGAAUCAGAAAAGGAUGUAACUGAUACAGAUGAUGGUACUCGUGAAAAUUCUAAGCCUCCACCCUGUGAAGACAGCCGUGCUCUCUCUGAGACUGAACCAGAGUCAGAAGCUGUCGUGGCUGAGGCGGAUUCAGAGCCUGAGCCAGAGGUUGAUGCUGAGGAGGAGCCAGAAGCAGAUGAGGACGCAGUCCCAGAGGUGGAGACUGAAGUGCCCGAGAUGGAUCCUGAAGUCAUGACUUCCUCUAAAGAAGCCGAGGACGAUCACCUAUCCGUCUCAAUCCCAAAUGAAGAUGCCAUCACCCUAGAAGUUGAUGGUGACGACCUCCUGGAAACAGGUAAACAUGUGAAACUUCCAGAUCCAGAGGCAGAGAAGGGUACAGAUGAGCCAGACACCUCUGCUGAGAUGAGCCCACAUGAUGACAUGAAGGAGGAAGAGAUGGAAGACCACUUGGAUGGUAAGACAGACGAUGAAUCCGGGGGUGAGCCCACGAAGAAAGACGGCAGAGACGCCCUGAAGAAAGCUGAAAUCGGAGAUAAAGAAAAGGACUCUGGGAAGAAAGGCCCCUCCGCUACUGGGGCAUCGGGUCAAGCAAAGAGCUCAUCAAGAGACAGGGAUGGAAAAGCUGCAAAAGAUGAAAAGGCAGCUGUUGGCAGCAACAGUAGUUCUUCUCGCAACGUAUGGGUGAGCGGCUUGUCUUCAAACACCAAAGCAGCAGAUCUGAAGAACCUGUUUGGCAAAUAUGGAAAGGUUUUAAGUGCCAAGGUGGUCACAAAUGCUCGCAGCCCCGGUUCAAAAUGUUACGGCCUGGUUACGAUGUCUUCGAGUGCCGAGGUGACGCGGUGCAUCUCCCACCUGGACUGUACAGAGCUGCAUGGACAGCAGAUAUAUGUUGAAAGGGCCAAAAAUGAUCCAUUCAAAAAGGAUCUCUCAAAGAAGGAAGGGGAUGACAAAGCAGGGUCCAGCAAGAUGAAUGAUAAACGGAUUUCAAUGGGGACAAAACAGACAAACAAAGCACAGCCAUCUUACAAAAAAGAAGAAAAGAAAUUUGAUAAACUGUCAGAAAAAGAUAAAGAUUUAUCCAAGAAGCAAGAAGUCAAUAGUGGAAGAUCUGAGUCCGUUUCAUCUAACUCUGGUGCAGAAUCUGUGAAUAAAGAUGAAAGAAAGCAUUUUCGGACAAAGAGCCCAGGAAAGAUGAUGAUGAUGGUUGAUCAUGUCAAAGAUCCAAAUUUUGGCAGACCAAGACUACCUUUCAGAAGAGGGCGGUAUUUUGACAAACCCUUCAUCAAUACCAACUUUCAGAGGAGGCCAAAAUGGCUGAUUCCACCUGAAGAGUUGGAGUUUAUGAGAGAGAAGCAGCAGCGACAUUUUCAAAACAAAGGGGAAGAAAGAGACAUCUUGCCUUUUGAGAAGCUCAAAGAGCAGAAGGAGCUGAGGAUGCGAGAACGCAUGGCUCGCCUGGAGCGCGUCCGAAGAGCUGUAGAGUUGCGCAGGCGUCGUGAGGUUGCAGAACAAGAACGCCGGGAACGGGAGCGGGUCCGCUUGCUGCGAGAGCGAGAAGAACGUGAGAACCUGCUACGGGAGCGCCAGAGACUGGAGAUGGAAAGACAAAAACUGGAAAGAGAGCGGCUGGAAAGGGAGAGGCUUGAAAGAGAAAGAAUCCGUAUAGAGCAGGAAAGGCGCAAAGAAGCAGAACGCAUGGCUCGUGAGCGUGAGGAGCUCCGGAGACAGCAGGAGCAGCUUCGUUUUGAGCAGGAAAAGAGAAAUAGUCUGAAGAGGGGUCGUGAGCCAGAACACAGUCGGAGGGAGGAUCCUUUUUGGAAUAGUAAUAAGAAGAUGCCCCCCGAGUCUGAGGUCCGCUUGAACCAAGGCUCCAACUACAACCGGCCGCAGAACCGCUUUACAAACUUCGCCCCCCGUGAGAGGGGUCGUUUUCCAGACGCAGCUGCCCAGCAGCCCCACACAUACGACAGACGUAACCGCUUUGUGGGCGAGCCAGAGGUAAAGAAGAGUCGGCCCACUCCUCACAGGGAGGGCUCGGGCUUCGAACGCUACCCCAAGAACUUUGACACCGUCCGCAGAGCCGAGCCACCUCCUCCGCGGGCUGAAGUACGGGACACUGACCGUCGGGACAGAGAUGACAGACGCCCAGCGCCCAUGCAUGAUCGCCCUGUUGGGACACGAGCUGGAAUGCCAGCCAUGUCGCACAACCGCCCGCCCAGGGAUGGGGGGCAUGGGUGGAAGAAUGAUGGAGGGAUGAACGCUAACAAAGGAGAUAUGCGUGGACCCAUGCGAAUGCGUACAGAGCGACCUGGCAGAGAAGGUCCAGGUCACGUGCUGAGAGGAGGCCCCUCAGCCAGCCGGGGAAGAAGCAGCUAUAAUGACCGUGAUGAGGGGAGAUCUAUGCCAUUCAGCUCCGGACGGCAGGUGGUGGUGGAGCGUCACAACAGAGAGCCGGGGAUGAGGAAGGACUGGCAUGGGGCCUCAAGCUCUCAGGGAGGGGGCUUCCCUGAUAAUCGCAGGAUGGGAGACAAUCGAGGUGGCAUGAUGGCUCCUUCAAGUCACUCCUCUUCAGGAAUCAGCCGGAUUGUACAGAUCACUAACAACUCCAUUCCCAGUGGUGGCUCAGUUGGUGGAUUCAAGACCUUCAAAGGAACACCACGGCCAUUCUAACAGCAUCCACAUUCUGCCACUUGAACGCUUCAGAGGAUUUGAAGACUUUUUUUUCUUAAAACAAUAUCAACUGUUUGUUUUUUGGCACUUUUGUGGCCAUGAGGUUGAUAACACUAUUUUAUCAUGUAUAGAUGACGUGUUUACCUCUCUGUAGACUUUUCCUGACAGUUCUGCUGUGACCAUUGAACAACCCUGUGCACAAGUUUUAAUAUUUAGAAAGAUACUGUACAGUCCUAGGUCUUUGUAAUAAGUUUUCAAGUGGACUUCCUGAGUUUUGUCUGUACAUUCUCAGUCGCAUAGUGUUAAAUUCAGCUUCCCUGUGUCAUACGUCUUCUUUUAGUGUAUUGUAGAAUCAGACCUGACAAGAUUCAUUUGGGUUGUUUUUUGAAGAACUGUUCUUUUUUUCUUUUUUUUUUU